AUGACUGAAAAGUAUUUCUUUGGUGGAAGCGUUAAUCCAAUAACUUGCCACGCUUGGAACAAAGACCGUUCUCAAAUUGCAAUUUCGCCAAACAACAAUGAAGUCCAUAUUUAUCAACGAGAAGGCAAUGACUGGAAGUUGAUGGACAUCCUUAAUCAGCAUGAUUUAAAAGUCAUGGGGAUAGAUUGGGCACCAAAUACUAAUCGUAUCGUCACUUGCUCAGUCGAUAGAAACGCUUAUGUCUGGACUCAAGGAGAAGACAAUAAAUGGAAGCCAGCAUUAGUUUUGUUGAGAAUCAAUCGAGCUGCAACUUGUGUAAAAUGGUCUCCGUGUGAGAAUAAAUUUGCUUGUGGAUCUGGAGCUCGUUUAAUUAGUGUGUGCUAUUUUGAGAGCGAAAAUGAUUGGUGGGUUUCGAAGCAUAUUAAGAAGCCCAUAAGAAGUACUGUAACAACAUUAGAUUGGCAUCCAAAUAGCGUCCUUCUUGUCGCUGGUUCAACUGAUUAUAAAGUUCGUAUUUUCAGUGCAUACAUUAAAGACAUUGAGAAACAACCAACACCAACUGCUUGGGGCAAAAAGAUGACGCUUGGACAACUUAUGGCUGAAUUUAAGAAUUCAACAACGGGUGGUGGCUGGGUUCAUUCUGUUAAUUUUUCAGCCGAUGGCAAUAAAGUCUGUUGGGUUGGACAUGAUUCAGCGAUUAAUUGUGUUGACGUCAAUACUGGAUUAACAGUUGUCAAAUUGAAAACUGAGUAUUUGCCAUUCUUGAGCUGCAUUUGGAUAACACCAAUGACAUUUAUUGUCGCUGGACAUAGCUGCAUUCCAUUAAUUUAUUCCUUUGACGGAACCAGUAUUACAUUUGUUGGCAAGUUAGAUGAAUCACAGAAACGUGAAGCAAGUGGAGUUUCAGCAAUGCGUCACUUUCAGUCUCUGGACAGAAACUCUCGUUUGGAAAGUACUGAUACAGUUUUAGAUUGCAUCCAUCAAAAUGCCAUUAGUUGGGUUGCAAUUCAAAGUGGAACUAAGGAGCACACAACUAAAAUCAGCACAUCAGGAUUGGAUGGACAACUUGUCAUCUGGGAUUUAACAUUGACUCGUUCGAUGCAAAACUUGAAAAUUUGA